AUGACUUCUCACGUUGAGAUGUACUUCCUGUACGGAGAAGCCUACGACGAAACCGCCCCUGUCACAAGGGCAGAGGCCUGGCUCCGUCAGUUCGCUUACGCGGACUUGACGACCGGCGCCACGCUUUCCUUUGCACUCGUCACUCUCCUGGGGGUCAUGGCUCUAUUUUGGGAGGAUCUCGCUUUCUGGAUCUCGGCUGUCGCGAAGAGACUCGACUCACCGAUCCUUGCUGUGGUUGCCGCAGCCAGUUCGCUCGUUAUGCAGCUGGUUAGCGUUUGCUCUCGUAAGGAGCUCGGCACCAUCGUGCAGAAUUGGGUCAAACAGCCGAAUGUCGACUGUCGCCUCGUCCGACUCGUCUCCGCCGUUGGCAGCUGGUGGUUUCCCCCUAAUCAACCCCUGACAACAGUCUGCCGGCUAGCCGGUUCAUUUGUCUGCGGUACGACCGCGUACGUGUGGCUCUUCUUCCCUCUUUCGCAGUUCCUGUCUGGUUUCGCCGACGGUCUGCUGACUGAGACGAAGGAGAUGUCCCUGUACUGCAUGGGCAUCCACGGACGGUGGACCAUCGCCAGUCGGCUUAUCUGGCGUCAGUGGGGGAGGGUCGCCUUCUGCAACGGUGAGGAGACCGGACUCGAGUUGCGCGCGAUAAUCGAGGACGAUUGGCAAUUGCCACGUCCCUUCGACCUCGACGGCGAGAUCCACCACCUCCGAAUCCUUGCUUUCGUCGCUGCCAGCGUCUCGCUCGCUACCACGGCGGCGUGGUCCUUCCGCGCUCUCUCCAAGAUCGCCUUGUUCCAGCGUGUCGUCGUCGUUUUCCAACAGCCCUCGUCUCCGGGCCAGAGAGCGGACCACGUCGCCGGCAGCGAGACACAGCUUCCCGGGUCGUCAAUCAAUAAGCGGCAGGAUGACUUGAUGAACCUGAUCAGCAGUUACGAAGGCAUCCUUUCCGAGAAGGAACGUGUCCUAUCCGCCACGACCCAGAAGCUUAGGGCGACCGAGCAACGGAUGGAGGAUGGCUGGGCUCAAGCCAAGCGGUUGGCUGCCCUCCAAGUCGUACGCGCCGAAGAAACUCGCGCCCGUGAGUCGACCGACAUUGCCCUGUUGCGACGCAAGCUCGCGGAAAUGGAGGCGCGGCUCAGCCUGGCCCAGGGUAGAGCGAGAGCGGUGGAGGAUGAUGCCACUGCGAGAGUGCGGUCCCUCUGCAAUCAAGUGGCCGGGCUAGAACAGCAGCUGCAGGCCCAGAGGGAACAGGCCGGGGACAUUUCUCUGGGCGAAGUCGAUUCGCUCAGAGCCGAACUUCAGGUUCGGAAUGACCAGCUCGUCGACAUCGAGCACCGCCUGGCCGCCGCAGAGGCCCGAGAGCGUGACUCUCGUGGCCGGGCAAACGAUGCCGAAGCCGAACGUCGCCAACUCGCCGAUCGCGCCCAUGAGCUCGAUGCUCAAGCCCAGGAACUCACUGCCCAGAACGAGGUGCUCCAGGCCUUGUGCGACACCCUGUCGCAGGAGUGUGGUUCUCUGGGUGCAAUCCAGCAGGACCGCGAUGACGCCUUCGGGCUGGCAUCCGCCCUGCAGCACGAGCUCGUGUCGACAAGAGCGACGGCGGAGACCGCAUUUAGGGAAUCCCAGGAGUCCCUCGCUCAGACUCGCGCAGCCGAAUCAAACCUCCGACAAUCAAUGCAGGAACUCAGGCACGCCUGCGACUUGACUCUCGCGCAGGAACGUGCGGCCAGUGCUGGGGCUCGGGCUCGGGCGUCCGAACUUGAGGCGGAGGUCGAAGACCUCCAAACCAAGGUCGGGCUGGCCAUGAGGGACGCACAGAGGGCCCAGGAGAGGGCGGUGUCUGCCGAGAGGAUCAUCAGGAUCCUCCAGACCCGCCUGGCCAGGCAUGAGGACGCUGCCCGGGGCGCGUUGCAAGAGAUCCCCAAGCGCCAGAUUGGCAACUUAGGGUCCAUCUCCACCGCCCUGGCCGAGAGCGAGGUGAAGGUCGCCCAGCAGCAGGCCGAAAUCAACGACCUCCGGCGCCAAGUCGAGCAGCUCAGGCUGCAGGGACCGUCUGGCCCGACCGACAAGGCUGUCCAGGAGGACGUUCAGAAGCUGCGGGCUGCCCUUGAUAGGGUACGGAGAGAGCGGACGGAGGACCAACUCCGUUGGGACAAGAGAACGCGUGAGCUGGAGGAGGACAACCGAAAGCUGCGCAUCUCUCUGUCGAACGCCGAGGCACCGUCGGCCCGCCGUCCUGGCGGUCGCCGGCCUCCUACUCUCCCCUGA